AUGUCUUACCCGUACCCUCUCGCUAGGCAAAACGCCCAAGCAUCAUCUUACUCAACACUCUCCGGUGCACUUGACCCUGCACCGGCUCAGUCGAUGUAUUGUCCCGUUCGGCCGAACGCUACCCCCGAUGAAGGAAUACCGAUCUCCCAGUAUUUACGUGCUCAGGCAUCGGCAAUCCCGGACCUCUCAGGUGCCCUCGGCCCUGCACCACACCAAUAUGCAAUGCGUUCACAAGCCCCCGUGUAUGCUGGGGCACCCGUCACCACAUACUCAGCCGUCCCCCAUACGUUAAGCGGCAACUACGAAGGGUCGUUUUCUGCCCGCCCUGCUUACCCAUACCCUGAGAGGAACGUUUUACACCCUGCCAAGUACACGGCCAACAUGCCGCCCGCUGCGCACAAAAAGACGUACAAGAUCGUCAUUCCUUCAGGAUUCCAUCAGCUGCCACAGCCAAUUGACAUUGAAAAAUGUGCGGGGCCGACUUCGUGGAGCAGGAUUGGAUCCCAGCAUGCCGGUAUCAAGUUUAACAGGAAGGGUGGAGGGUCCCCGUUCCGUGUUGACGAGUUGAUUGAGCUCGAGGAUAAGCCAGAGGUAGAAGGUGGCCAUGAUCAGGUGUUUAAUGGCAUGGAAGAGAGGUGCAUCAAGGUCUUGAUCACGUGGCCUGGAUACAGUCAAUAUCCCGUGGAAAGGCGGGUCUCCACCGAGAAUGGAACUUUCAAGAGGGAAAGGCUGCUCAAGUUGUUGGCGAAGUACGUCGAGGAGCUUGUGCACGAUAUCCACCGCAGAUCGAGACGUGUGGAAAAAGGAUACGAGAAAUACGAGCUUGCAUGGAGGCCACGCGGGCUGCCCAGCAUCUGGAGAGACUGUUUGAUCACUAGUCUUGUCCACAUAUCGGGAUCCAACUGGCAGGUAGAACUUUAUGUGAGGGCUUGA